AUGUCAAAUAGCGGUAGAUGUCAGUCUUCACGCAGUGAAGCACACGAUCUGCUCUCUGUACAAAAUCGAGAAAUUAUUCAAGUAGGGGGAAGGGGUGAUUGCCUAUUCAAAUGCUUUUCUCAAGCUCUUAUGGGGUCACAACGAUACCACCUAACUUACAGAGAGCAGAUCGUAGAGUUCAUGAGGGAACGCGCUGUUUCAUUUGCUGUCUACGUAGAUGGCGAUUACAAUGAACACGUUGAGUCAAUGUCAAAGCAGGGUACAUGGGGAACUGAUGCAGAAAUUAUGGCGGCUGCCACCUACUUUGGCUUACCGAUACACGUUUUCUAUCGAGCAGGCCAAAAGUGGGAAUGGCAUACACAUGAACCUCGGUUUUCUUUUCAGUUUCCUAUGGAUGUACCCGUUGACAGUAUAGAGUUGGUCAACUAUGAUAGACAGCACUAUGACCUGGUUCACGUGAUUCAACGAGUCCCUUAG